CCGAUCCCAUUGGCCAGCGGGUCUCUUGUAAUGUCAAGCUAGCUCUGUAAACAGAUGAAUCACACGGUGCUUUGCCGGAGCGGGUCGAUAGCAUAACAAGCGAGAGUGCAAGUAAACUAGAGCAGGGAAAAAGUUGACGGGUUUCUUAUUGUCUCACCGCUGUCGUGCAAGCAAAGACAGACGCCGUGGAGACAGCAUAACGAUUAGCAGACCCGGGUACAGUUCGCAGAAAGAAAGCGGAGAGCUGGAUCAUGCUUCGAUCAAGAGGGGUUCGGUUACCGGUGCAGCUACAACAAGCGAGCACUGUUGGUGCGUCGGUGAAUAUUUUGGGGUGUAACAUUCUUGGAAAUCCAGGUGCUAGUACUAACCGUAGUACGAGAACAAGAAAGCAGGUCAAUGCUGCUGCUACCCGACCAUUGCAUAAUUCUGCAAAGCCAGCUUUCCCUGGGAUUAAUGCACGGCAGGGUGGUUGGGAAGCUACAAACGCGAAAAGUAUUCGCAGUCCAUUACCGUGGACUGUUUUACCGAAUACCGAAGGGGCAGGCAAGGCGAUGCUAUUUAAAACAGAUCCGACUUCCGAGGAUUACAAGAGCAAAUAUGCAAACUGGAUUAAUCCUCUGCCUUGGGAAGAAAGUUUGUCCGCAGCGGGAAACGUGUUUAAUGAGACCGCAGCGGGGCUGCCGAGCCGCCAGUUCCACGGUAAUAAAGCGAAGGGGUUGCCGAUUCUCUGGGCGCUUUCUCCUGCCGGAGCUGCGGGGUGUAACCGGUUCGGAGGCGCUGAUCUGUCGCCGGCGCUGAGCUCCAAGAACAGGCGCCUUUAUCUUUUCACUCCAGUGGCAGGGAGGCUCCAAAUGCGGGCGUGUUUCUGUACUUCAUCCGCCAGCCAACAAGAGAUAAAAACAACCGCCGACCAAGGUUCAAGAUCAAUCAAGGCGGAGAGCAGUGAUUCCAGAGUGGGUGCCGCAGAACAGGAAAGAGAGGAAAACAGGAAACCCAGCAAAUCCCAGCAGCUGAAGAAGGUCUUCAAGGAAUACGGAGCGGUCGGAGUCUCGUUCCACAUCGGAAUCUCCUUGAUGUCGCUGGGGAUAGUUUACCUGGCCAUUUCCAGUGGCAUUGACAUGACAGCUCUGCUCUUCAAGGUGGGAUUCAGCGAGGCCAUGGUCCAGUCCAAGAUUGCUGCCGGCACCAGUACGUUCGUGCUGGCCUACGCCGUUCACAAAUUAUUUGCCCCAGUCCGCAUCAGCAUCACGCUGGUCUCGGUGCCCUUCAUUGUGCGCUACUUCCGAAAAGUGGGUCUUUUCAAGCCCCCCGUCUCCAGCCCCUGAAUACAUACCCACCUGGGCUCCACAGUUGCUGUUGCUGCACUGCAUUCUGGGCGUGAUGUCAUCACAGCUGCUCAAGCUAAAGUGGUGCUGCUGGGAGUUUGUUCCUGGCCCAGCCUGUAAAAGCAACUCGCCACAAACUCUCAGUUGGACUUUUUCUGCUCUCAUUAUUUUUAAAAAGGUAGGGCUUAACCACCAAGCUAAAGAGAAUCUGCCGUCAUAACUGCUUUUGAAUAGUACUUAUUAGUGGAGUUUGAAUUACAAGUUACCCAUGUCAUUUCAAAAGGUGUUUUACCCCCAGCUGCCCAGUCCGUUACUGCUGUACAUCAGGUGUCCUUCAUCAGUAAAUACAAUGGCAUCCUCGGUUUACAGACAGGAGUGAGCUGUGGUCAACAGGUGGGGGAAUACAAUACAUUUAAAACACAGCAAGCAAAUAGCAACCCUGCAGCGUUUACAAUAGGACCGCUUACUGCUCUCCCCCUACACAGCAACCGAUGAAUCCGGUCCUUGACUCUGCACAGGGGAAAGAGACCUGAAAGAUGCCAUACCUCAGUUGCUUGCUGAAAGCCAUCUGGAACAGACUGCAAAAGGAAAGAAGCAUUUACAAUCAUAUGAAUCUACCCCAGCCUCUGCAAUGAAACACACUCAAGCCCACACUUUUAAAUGGGGUGUUAGAACACUUUAAUUAUUUAACAGUGGGGUAGUAGUCUGAAUCCGAUACCAGCGCCAAAAUCUCUGGGAAUAUUUAUGUUUUAAGACAGGAAAGCCCACAGAAGCCAUGUCUCCUGCCAGUAAGCUAAGAUGAGAGAUGGAAAAGGCUUUUUUCUAUAUAUAUAAAAGCUAAAGGCUAGCAUCCUGAAUUGCUAAGGAGACAUCUUGUUUUUCAGUCUGUAUUUGUUGUCCUAAAGCCAUAUACAGUAAUAGAGAUGAUAAUUAUUAAAAGAAAAUCACAACUGUGAA